AUGGGCGCCAGGCCAAACAACACACAACUUGAUCUGUCCGCAUCGUCCUUUCCCAGUCUGAAUAAUGGCGGACUGCAAUCGCAGAGCCACAAUGUCGGAUCGAGCGCUUGGCAGACGGGUCCUCCCCAGAACGAACAAGCACAAAGACAGCAGAUGCAAACAACACGAUCGCAUAUCGCCUCCCGACAGCAACAGCCUGCGGCGGGUCGAGAUGGCUUCUAUCCGACUGACACCUACUCGAGGAAUGCGCCCAUGGAGUUCCGAUCGGACAAUCCCUCGCAGACAGUGCGGCGAGCGAGUCAAGCCCCUGGCGGACCGCCCGGACUGACUCAGCGACAACCCAACCAGGGAGAUAGCACGCCUCAAGACCCAAGCAGGGUCACUUCACCGUCAGGCCAGACGCAAAUUUCUCGAUCCCCCAUAUCACAGAGCAUCAAUGCCGCCAUAGGACAGGAGAGGUUCCUGGGACAAGAAGGAAGGUCCCAAAUGCAGGAGUCUCCACCACAAGCGUUGGGUUUGCAGUCACGGGAUAUGUUCGCAGACCGAGAACCAAGACUGGAUCAUGACUCGGUGUUUGCAGGCAUGACAGAAAAGGAGAAGUUUGGCAUGAAGGGGUAUGUGGCAGAGCAAGACAACGCAAGUCCGGCUACGAGGAGUCUGAUGAGAGGAGUGGAUCUGUCGACCUUGGGCAUUAACAUGGGCUCUCAAGAACCGUUGUUACAGUCAUAUCCUGGACCUUGGGCUGAGCCCAACGCUGCCCCCUUGCGCCCCUUAGACUCGGAGUACACCAUACCGGACUGCUACACGGUGAAGAAGAUCGCACCUCUGUCCACUCGGAUUACUGGUUUCGUGGAUGAAACGCUCUUCUUCAUCUUCUACACCAUGCCGCGAGACUACGUCCAAAUGCAGGUUGCUCAAGAGCUGGUGGCACGAAAAUGGCGAUAUCAUAUGAGAGAAAAGCAGUGGUUAACCCGGGACGACGCAUCUCCCAGUCCAGUGCUGCUGGAUGACAAAGUGAGCGAGCAGGGUUACUACAUUUGGUGGGACACAAAACUGUGGAAGAAGGUUCGCCGGAUCUACACGCUGAGGUAUGAGGAUCUGGAAGAGCAACCGAGCAUGGGUAACCGACCGAUGCACGCGAGUGCCAUGGGUGGAAUGUCAGGCGGUCUCAAUGGCGGAAUGGGCGUUGGCAAUUUCAAUGCAGUGCCUAGUCUAGAGAGAAUGGCUGCCACUGGGCGCGGCUUCUGA